AUGGCGACAAUGGAGGCUUGUAAUCUUGAUUCACUUCCAACCGGGUUGCGGUUUAAUCCAACUGAUAAAGACUAUCUUUUGAGAAAGAUCAUGAAGCAGAAUCUUCCCAAGAACAGGAUUAAUGAAGCUGAUAUAUAUGGUGAUUAUCACCCCAAGAAUAUCGUAGAGAACUACCUGCAACCUAUAGAAGGUGAAUGGUAUUUUUUCACAUCAAGAAACAGGAAGUAUAAAAAUGGUAAACGACCUAGCCGAUCAGCUGGCUUGGGUUAUUGGAAAGCUACAGGUCCUGAUAAAGAUAUAGAGGACGAUGGAACUAAAAUUGGCGGAAAAAGUCGCUGGUUUAUUAUGAAGGGCAUCAACCACACGGGACUAAAACAGAUCGGAUGA